AUGGUUUCUUGCGUUAAUUCAUAUACCUACACUGUUUCUCUCUCUCUCUCUUUCUCUCUCUCUCUCUCUCUCUCUCUCUCUGCUCUCAUAAGCAUAUAUGUACAGUGUGGGACUGGGCGUAUAUACGCAUCAUUGCGUCGUUGUCCCUGGGUGUUAACAUCAAAUCACAACCAUUAUAUCUAUCUAUCUAUCUAUCUAUCUAUCUAUCUAUCUAUCUAUAUCCGUCCUGGUUUCGUCAACUUCCCGCCAUCUUUUUUUUCUGUUUUCUUUUUUUCUUUCUCCAUCGCCAAAUUUCUCUUCUUUUUCUACCCACUCUUAUUACUCGUUCUAUUUUUCUCUGUCUUUCAAUUCCUCGCCUUUUUCUUUUGUUUUUCGUUCAUCUAUUUUGUCCGCCCUUUUAAGCCGGCAUCUUUGUAUCUAUGUAUCUAUCUCAUUUUGUUCAGAUCUAUCUAUCUAUCUCAGUUUAUUUCUAUCUAUUUAUCUAUCUAUAAAUCAAUCUAUCUAUCUAUUUAUCUAUCUAACUCAUUCUGUUCAUAUCUAUCUAUCUAUCUAUCUCAUUUUGUUCACAUCUAUCUAUCACAGUUUAUUUCUAUCUAUUUAUCGAUCUAUCAAUCAAUCUAUCUAUCUAUCUAUUUAGCUAUCUACCUCAUUCUGUUCAUAUCUAUCUAUCUAUCUAUCUAUCUAUCUAUCUAUCUAUCUAUCUCAUUUUGUUCAGAUCUAUCUAUCUAUCUCAGUUUAUUUCUAUCUAUUUAUCUAUCUAUCAAUCAAUCUAUCUAUCUAUUUAUCUAUCUACCUCAUUCUGUUCAUAUCUAUCUAUCUAUCUAUCUAUCUAUCUCAUUUUGUUCAGAUCUAUCUAUCUAUCUCAGUUUAUUUCUAUCUAUUUAUCUAUCUAUCAAUCAAUCUAUCUAUCUAUUUAUCUAUCUACCUCAUUCUGUUCAUAUCUAUCUAUCUAUCUCAUUUUGUUCACAUCUAUCUAUCUCAGUUUAUUUCUAUCUAUUUAUCUAUCUAUCUAUCAAUCAAUCUAUCUAUCUAUUUAUCUAUCUACCUCAUUCUGUUCAUAUCUGUCUAUCUAUCUAUCUCAUUUUGUUCAGAUCUAUCUAUCUAUCUCAGUUUAUUUCUAUCUAUUUAUUUAUCUAUCUAUCUAUCAAUCAAUCUAUCUAUCUAUUUAUCUAUCUACCUCAUUCUGUUCAUAUCUAUCUAUCUAUCUAUCUAUCUCAUUUUGUUCAGAUCUAUCUAUCUAUCUCAUUUUGUUCAGAUCUAUCUAUCUAUCUCAGUUUAUUUCUAUCUAUUUAUCUAUCUAUCUAUCAAUCAAUCUAUCUAUCUAUUUAUCUGUCUACCUCAUUCUGUUCAUAUCUAUCUAUCUAUCUCAUUUUGUUCAGAUCAAUCUAUCUAUCUCAGUUUAUUUCUAUCUAUUUAUCUAUCUAUCUAUCUAUCAAUCAAUAUAUCUAUCUAUUUAUCUAUUUACCUCAUUCUGUUCAUAUCUAUCUAUCUAUCUAUCUCAUUUUGUUCAGAUAUAUCUAUCUAUCUCAGUUUAUUUCUAUCUAUUUUUCUAUCUAUCAAUCAAUCUAUCUAUCUAUUUAUCUAUCUACCUCAUUCUGUUCAUAUCUAUCUAUCUAUCUAUCUAUCUCAUUUUGUUCACAUCUAUCUAUCUCAGUUUAUUUCUAUCUAUUUAUCUAUAUAUCUAUCAAUCAAUCUAUCUAUCUAUUUAUCUAUCUACCUCAUUCUGUUCAUAUCUAUCUAUCUAUCUCAGUUUAUUUCUAUCUAUUUAUCUAUCUAUCUAUCAAUCAAUCUAUCUAUUUAUCUAUCUACCUCAUUCUGUUCAUAUCUAUCUAUCUAUCUAUCUAUCUCAUUUUGUUCAGAUCAAUCUAUCUAUCUCAGUUUAUUUCUAUCUAUUUAUCUAUCUAUCUAUCUAUCAAUCAAUCUAUCUAUCUAUUUAUCUAUCUACCUCAUUCUGUUCAUAUCUAUCUAUCUAUCUAUCUAUCUAUCUAUCUAUCUAUCUAUCUAUCUAUCUCAUUUUGUUCACAUCUAUCUAUCUAUCUCAGUUUAUUUCUAUCUAUUUAUCUAUCUAUCAAUCAAUCUACCUAUCUAUUUAUCUAUCUACCUCAUUCUGUUCAUAUCUAUCUAUCUAUCUAUCUCAUUUUGUUCACAUCUAUCUAUCACAGUUUAUUUCUAUCUAUUUAUCUAUCUAUCAAUCAAUCUAUCUAUCUAUUUAUCUAUCUACCUCAUUCUGUUCAUAUCUAUCUAUCUAUCUAUCUCAUUUUGUUCAGAUCUAUCUAUCUAUCUCAGUUUAUUUCUAUCUAUUUAUCUAUCUAUCUAUCAAUCAAUCUAUCUAUCUAUUUAGCUAUCUACCUCAUUCUGUUCAUAUCUAUCUAUCUAUCUCAUUUUGUUCAGAUCUAUCUAUCUAUCUCAGUUUAUUUCUAUCUAUUUAUCUAUCUAUCAAUCAAUCUAUCUAUCUAUUUAUCUAUCUACCUCAUUCUGUUCAUAUCUAUCUAUCUAUCUAUCUCAUUUUGUUCAGAUCUAUCUAUCUCAGUUUUUUUCUAUCUAUUUAUCUAUCUAUCAAUCAAUCUAUCCAUCUAUUUAUCUAUCUACCUCAUUCUGUUCAUAUCUAUCUAUCUAUCUCAUUUUGUUCACAUCUAUCUAUCUCAGUUUAUUUCUAUCUAUUUAUCUAUCUAUCUAUCAAUCAAUCUAUCUAUCUAUUUAUCUAUCUACCUCAUUCUGUUCAUAUCUGUCUAUCUAUCUAUCUCAUUUUGUUCAGAUCUAUCUAUCUAUCUCAGUUUAUUUCUAUCUAUUUAUCUAUCUAUCUAUCUAUCAAUCAAUCUAUCUAUUUAUCUAUCUACCUCAUUCUGUUCAUAUCUAUGUAUCUAUCUAUCUAUCUAUCUCAUUUUGUUCAGAUCUAUCUAUCUAUCUCAGUUUAUUUCUAUCUAUUUUUCUAUCUAUCUAUUUAUCUAUCUACCUCAUUCUGUUCAUAUCUAUCUAUCUAUCUAUCUCAUUUUGUUCACAUCUAUCUAUCUCAGUUUAUUUCUAUCUAUUUAUCUAUCUAUCUAUCAAUCAAUCUAUCUAUCUAUUUAUCUAUCUACCUCAUUCUGUUCAUAUCUAUCUAUCUAUCUCAGUUUAUUUCUAUUUAUCUAUCUAUCAAUCAAUCUAUCUAUUUAUCUAUCUACCUCAUUCUGUUCAUAUCUAUAUCUAUCUAUCUAUCUCAUUUUGUUCAGAUCAUCUAUCUAUCUCAGUUUAUUUCUAUCUAUUUAUCUAUCUAUCUAUCAAUCAAUCUAUCUAUCUAUUUAUUUAUCUACCUCAUUCUGUUCUAUCUAUCAAUCUAUCUAUCUAUCUAUCUCAUUUUGUUCACAUCUAUCUAUCUAUCUCAGUUUAUUUCUAUCUAUUUAUCUAUCUAUCUAUCAAUCAAUCUAUCUAUAUAUUUAUCUAUCUACCUCAUUCUGUUCAUAUCAUCUAUCUAUCUCAUUUUGUUCACAUCUAUCUAUCUAUCUCAGUUUAUUUCUAUCUAUUUAUCUAUCUAUCUAUCUAUCAAUCAAUCUAUCUAUCUAUUUAUCUAUCUACCUCAUUCUGUUCAUAUCUAUCUAUCUAUCUCAUCUUGUUCACAUCUAUCUAUCUAUCUCAGUUUAUUUCUAUCUAUUUAUCUAUCUAUCUAUCAAUCUAUCUAUCUAUCUAUCUACCUCAUUCUGUUCAUAUCUAUCUAUCUAUGUAUCUCAUUUUGUUCACAUCUAUCUAUCUAUUUAUCGCAUUUUGUUCAUAUCUAUCUAUCUAUCUAUCUAUCUAUCUAUCUAUCUAUCUCAUUCUGUUCAUAUCUAUCUAUCUAUCUCAGUUUAUUUAUAUCUAUCUAUCUAUCUCAUUCUGUCCAUAUCUAUCUUUCUAUCUAUCGAUCUAUCUAUCUCCUCCUCUUCGUAUCUGUCUCAUUCUGUUCAUAUCUAUCUAUGUAUCUAUCUAUCUCAUUUUGUUCAGAUCUAUCUAUCUAUCUCAGUUUAUUUCUAUCUAUUUUUCUAUCUAUCUAUUUAUCUAUCUACCUCAUUCUGUUCAUAUCUAUCUAUCUAUCUAUCUCAUUUUGUUCACAUCUAUCUAUCUCAGUUUAUUUCUAUCUAUUUAUCUAUCUAUCUAUCAAUCAAUCUAUCUAUCUAUUUAUCUAUCUACCUCAUUCUGUUCAUAUCUAUCUAUCUAUCUCAGUUUAUUUCUAUCUAUUUAUCUAUCUAUCAAUCAAUCUAUCUAUUUAUCUAUCUACCUCAUUCUGUUCAUAUCUAUCUAUCUAUCUAUCUCAUUUUGUUCAGAUCAAUCUAUCUAUCUCAGUUUAUUUCUAUCUAUUUAUCUAUCUAUCUAUCAAUCAAUCUAUCUAUCUAUUUAUUUAUCUACCUCAUUCUGUUCAUAUCUAUCUAUCUAUCUAUCUAUCUAUCUAUCUAUCUAUCUCAUUUUGUUCAUCUAUCUAUCUAUCUCAUUUAUUUCAUCUAUUUAUCUAUCUAUCUAUCAAUCAAUCUAUCUAUAUAUUUAUCUAUCUACCUCAUUCUGUUCAUAUCUAUCUAUCUAUCUAUCUAUCUCAUUUUGUUCACAUCUAUCUAUCUAUCUCAGUUUAUUUCUAUCUAUUUAUCUAUCUAUCUAUCAAUCAAUCUAUCUAUAUAUUUAUCUAUCUACCUCAUUCUGUUCAUAUCUAUCUAUCUAUCUCAUUUAUUUCUAUCUAUUUAUCAUCUAUCAAUCAAUCUAUCUAUUUAUCUAUCUACCUCAUUCUGUUCACAUCUAUCUAUCUAUCUAUCUCAUUUUGUUUCAAUCUAUCUAUCUCAGUUUAUUUCUAUCUAUUUAUCUAUCUAUCUAUCAAUCAAUCUAUCUAUCUAUUUAUUUAUCUACCUCAUUCUGUUCAUAUCUAUCUAUCUAUCUAUCUAUCUAUCUAUCUAUCUCAUUUUGUUCACAUCUAUCUAUCUAUCUCAUUUAUUUCUAUCUAUUUAUCUAUCUAUCUAUCAAUCAAUCUAUCUAUAUAUUUAUCUAUCUACCUCAUUCUGUUCAUAUCUAUCUAUCUAUCUAUCUAUCUCAUUUUGUUCACAUCUAUCUAUCUAUCUCAGUUUAUUUCUAUCUAUUUAUCUAUCUAUCUAUCUAUCUAUCAAUCAAUCUAUCUAUCUAUUUAUCUAUCUACCUCAUUCUGUUCAUAUCUAUCUAUCUAUCUCAUCUUGUUCAUCUAUCUAUCUAUCUAUCUCAGUUUAUUUCUAUCUAUUUAUCUAUCUAUCUAUCAAUCUAUCUAUCUAUCUAUCUAUCUACCUCAUUCUGUUCAUAUCUAUCUAUCUAUAUCUCAUUUUGUUCAUCUAUCUAUCUAUUUAUUUUUGUUCAUAUCUAUCUAUCUAUCUAUCUAUCUAUCUAUCUAUCUAUCUAUCUAUCUCAUUCUGUUCAUAUCUAUCUAUCUAUCUCAGUUUAUUUAUAUCUAUCUAUCUAUCUCAUUCUGUCCAUAUCUAUCUUUCUAUCUAUCGAUCUAUCUAUCUCCUCCUCUUCGUAUCUGUCUCAUUCUGUUCAUAUCUAUCUAUGUAUCUAUCUAUCUCAUUUUGUUCAGAUCUAUCUAUCUAUCUCAGUUUAUUUCUAUCUAUUUUUUCUAUCUAUCUAUUUAUCUAUCUACCUCAUUCUGUUCAUAUCUAUCUAUCUAUCUAUCUCAUUUUGUUCACAUCUAUCUAUCUCAGUUUAUUUCUAUCUAUUUAUCUAUCUAUCUAUCAAUCAAUCUAUCUAUCUAUUUAUCUAUCUACCUCAUUCUGUUCAUAUCUAUCUAUCUAUCUCAGUUUAUUUCUAUCUAUUUAUCUAUCUAUCAAUCAAUCUAUCUAUUUAUCUAUCUACCUCAUUCUGUUCAUAUCUAUCUAUCUAUCUAUCUCAUUUUGUUCAGAUCAAUCUAUCUAUCUCAGUUUAUUUCUAUCUAUUUAUCUAUCUAUCUAUCAAUCAAUCUAUCUAUCUAUUUAUUUAUCUACCUCAUUCUGUUCAUAUCUAUCUAUCUAUCUAUCUAUCUAUCUAUCUAUCUCAUUUUGUUCACAUCUAUCUAUCUAUCUCAGUUUAUUUCUAUCUAUUUAUCUAUCUAUCUAUCAAUCAAUCUAUCUAUAUAUUUAUCUAUCUACCUCAUUCUGUUCAUAUCUAUCUAUCUAUCUAUCUCAUUUUGUUCACAUCUAUCUAUCUAUCUCAGUUUAUUUCUAUCUAUUUAUCUAUCUAUCUAUCUAUCAAUCAAUCUAUCUAUCUAUUUAUCUAUCUACCUCAUUCUGUUCAUAUCUAUCUAUCUAUCUCAUCUUGUUCACAUCUAUCUAUCUAUCUCAGUUUAUUUCUAUCUAUUUAUCUAUCUAUCUAUCAAUCAAUCUAUCUAUCUAUCUAUCUACCUCAUUCUGUUCAUAUCUAUCUAUCUAUCUAUCUCAUUUUGUUCACAUCUAUCUAUCUAUUUAUCGCAUUUUGUUCAUAUCUAUCUAUCUAUCUAUCUAUCUAUCUAUCUCAUUCUGUUCAUAUCUAUCUAUCUAUCUCAGUUUAUUUAUAUCUAUCUAUCUAUCUCAUUCUGUCCAUAUCUAUCUUUCUAUCUAUCGAUCUAUCUAUCUCCUCCUCUUCGUAUCUGUCUCAUUCUGUUCAUAUCUAUCUAUGUAUCUAUCUAUCUCAUUUUGUUCAGAUCUAUCUAUCUAUCUAUCUAUCUAUCUAUCUAUCUAUCUAUCUCAUUCUAAAAUGUCGGAUGAUGACAAAAAUUUGUCGGAGAAAUCCGGUGACGACUGGCGCAAGAGACGACGACGUAAAAACGAACCAAAUGUCAUUGAGCUUGGAGAAUCCGUAGAAAACAGGAGAGUGGACAUGAAAAAGCGAUAG